AUGAUUAGUUCGUCUUCUCGAGCCGCUCUCUCCCCCUCUCUUAGUCGCUCCUUAUUCCCUUCCAUCCACCAUCACGAAGAUUCUUCGAAGCCACCCGCCGCGGUCUCACGGUUAUCAUCACCCUUCACCCCACCACACCGCACCCCUCAUUAUCUCUCUAGCUCUACCCACUACCGUCCUAUCGCGCUCUCCUCGCGGCUCGGCGGGAUCUGGUCCACGGCGCGCCUAGUACCGAGGCGCGCGAGGGCGGCGCGAUGCGGCGCGGCGGGCGGGGACGAGCAAGGCGGCGCGCGCGAGCGGUUCGUGGUGACGACGCCGCUGUACUAUGUGAACGCGGCGCCGCACAUGGGGUCCGCUUACCCCACUAUAGCCGCGGACGCACUAGCGCGGUUCCAGCGCCUGCAAGGAAAGGACGUGACAUUCGUGACGGGCACGGACGAGCACGGGGAGAAGAUCGCCCUCGCGGCGGCUAAGAACGGGCGCACGCCUCAGGAGCACUGCGAUGCCGUGGCUGAGGAGUACAAGCAGCUGUGGAGCAAGCUGGACAUUGCGUACGAUCGAUUCAUCCGCACCACCUCGCCCCGCCACGAAGCCGUGGUGCGGCAGUUCUACGAUCGAGUCAAGGCGAGGGGCGACGUGUACCGGGCUCAGUACGAGGGACGCUACUGCAUUGCUUGUGAGGAGUAUAAGGACGAGAAGGAGCUGGUGGAUGGUACCACGUGCCCCACGCACCUCACGCCCUGCGACCACCGCAGUGAGGACAACCUCUUCUUUGCGCUCUCCUCGCACCAACAUGACCUGGAGAAGCUUUUCCAGGACAGACCCGAUUUCGUCCAGCCCAGUUUCAGAAAGAACGAGGUGCUGGCGUGGGUGGCGGAGGGAGCGAGGGAUUUCAGCAUCAGCCGGGCGGCCGUGGCAUGGGGCAUUCCCGUGCCAGAUGUCCCAGAGCAAACCAUCUACGUGUGGUUCGAUGCUCUGCUAGGGUACAUCUCAGCGCUGUUGGAGGAGGGUGAUGAGCCAAGCCUGGACACGGCAGUCUCGAGGGGAUGGCCCGCGUCCGUUCACAUCAUUGGCAAGGACAUUCUGCGCUUCCACGCAGUGUACUGGCCAGCCAUGCUCAUGUCUGCCGGCCUGCCGACCCCAACUACAGUCUUUGGCCACGGCUUUCUAACCAAGGACGGGCACAAGAUGGGCAAGUCUCUUGGCAACACUAUCGACCCCGAUGAAUUGGUGACAACCUUUGGAGCGGACGCGGUGCGAUACUUCUUCCUGCGCGAGAUCGAGUUUGGCAGCGAUGGAGACUUCUCUAAGGAGCGAUUCGUUAACAUUGUCAAUGCCAACCUCGCGAACACCAUUGGCAAUCUGGUGAAUCGCACGCUGGGUCUGCUCAAGAAGAACUGCAGCAGUACUCUUAGCAUUGACUCCGCUGCUCUGCCUCUCGACCAUCCUCUCCGCACCACCACUGCUGCAUCUAUGGCAACGGCAGCAGCAUGCUACGCUGCUCUGGACUUCAGCGGGGCGUGUGAGGCGAUUCUGGCGCCAGCAGCAGCGGGGAACGGGUUUUUGGAGGAAAGAGCACCAUGGAGCAAGUUCAAGCGGGGCGGGGCAGAAGCAGAAGAGGCGGCUGCGGACCUGGUGGCAGUGUUGGAGACAGCUCGCUGUGUGGCUGUGGCUCUCUCGCCCAUCACCCCCACGCUCGCUCGCAGCAUCUACACGCAGCUGGGCUUCACUGCUGAGCAGUUUUCCGCCAUCCAAUGGGCUGACACGCACUGGGGGGGGCUGAAGGCAGGGCAGCAAACAGCAGAGCCAGCGCCUGUGUUCGCAAGAAUAGAGCAGGAGGAGGAGGGGGCAGAGGCAGGCGCGCAGGCUGGUGGGAAGGGCGCCAAGGGGGGGAAGGGAAAGGGGAAGGGGAAUGCUGCAGGGGGAAAGAAGCAGCAGGGGAAGAAAGGGAAGGAGAAGAGUGGAGAAUUGACUGAGCCGGUGGUGGGCUCUAGUGCCAGCUGA